UUCACGUCGCGCAACGCAGUGCGCCCACAGACCUUCAGACCGCCAGUCGCGCCACUAACAUAGCUACUUGCCGAACAUUUCGCGGCCCCGAACAGCCCAGUACAGGAACAGGAAAACAGGAAAACAGGUUAAGACUUGCCAUGGCCAAGCGCAUCAGAGUGGCAAAGCAGGAGGCCGCGCCCGCGGGUCUCCCAGAUGCAGCUAAUGCGGCUACCAACACUGCACCCAAAAGCAAGGCGGCAACGCCCUCAAGCGCCGAGGGAAAGCACGUGAUGCUGCCCGCGUUUCUGUCCAAGACGUACGAAAUUUUCAGCAUGCCCGAGUUCUCGCAUGUCUGCGGCUGGAACGCCAACGGAGACACCAUCAUCGUGUCGCAGCUCGAAGCCUUUGUGGCCAUGGUGCUGCCGCGCUUCUUUAAGCACCGCAACUUUCCGUCUUUCGUGCGUCAACUCAACCUCUAUGGCUUCCACAAGACGGUGCUGGACUCGAAGCGUCUCGAGUUCCAGCAUCCGUACUUUAAGCGCGGCCGACCGGACCUGCUGCACCACAUCAAACGCAAAGUAUCCAACAGCAACCACCACAACCAGCAGCUCGUCAACUCGUCCAUCCAGCAGAACUCGCGGCUGGAUGCGCAUCGAGAAAUCUCCGACACGUUACUGCGUGAGAUGAAGGAGCUGCGUCAGCGCAGCGACGUCAUGGAGAAGCGUCUUCGCGAGGUGGAGAUCGACAACGCGAUUGUACGCAGUGACAAUCUCAAGUUGUGGAAGCACCUGGAGCAGGCCAAGGACAAGCAGUUGAUUAUGCAGGAGAAGAUGAAGAAGAUCAUGUGGAUCCUGUUCCAGAUCUACCGCGGGAAGCAACAGAAUCUCCCCAAACUGUCCGGCAACGACGCGACGGGCGCAGUUAUCAGCGAAGACUGCAUCCACAGCAGUAUGCUUGGUCCCAAGGAAUUUCGUGAUGUAUUGCGCUUCUUGGCGAUGGACGAGCCCCCGCUAUUGCCUGGAUCGACCGAUGUCGCCACUGCAGCUGCUACGUCGCGAAAACGGAAGUUCGUCGAGGUUCCGUCGGAUGUCAGUGGCGCUGCUCCGUAUAAAUUAGAUGUAGAGCCAUCGUCUGUUAUCGACAUGUCCAGUGCAGUGGAGGAAUCCAACCCGUUUGCAAUGACUGUGCCGUCCAGCUCACUCACCAUGGCGCACGCGGACAGUGUACACAACAACGUGCUGAGCAUCUUUUCGCCGAUUAAAAGUGCACUUAACAGCAGUGUACCCAACGUUGAUACGACGCUGGGUGGACUUCUAACGAAUGGUGUGGCCUCUCCGCGAGUAUCGUCGCCGCCGCCGACCGUAUCGACGCCUACGACGUCGACUCCGACGGCAUCGGCGCCGACUGCACCUACUGUGACUGUGUCGACACCAAACGUCAGUACAUCGGCCGCUAGCAGUCCGGCACCGAGCGAGAAAGCAGCUGCAGUUGACGCCGCGGCGGAUGCGAACCACCAGCUGGCGUUUCUGGACGAAGAACUCCCUUUGCUGCCGGAAUCCGACCACUACAGCUUCAGUGACGGCGAACAGCAGGCAGUAAUGAAGAAGCUCGAGGAUUUUGAGACGUCACUUUUGGACGAAUACGACGUCAGUUGCCUUGACACAUUGCUACAGCAACUGAAAAACGCUAAUGGAGAGAAACCGGCAGGAAUUUCGGUGGCAGAACCGGAGGAAGUUGUCGUGGGACCGACCAACGCGUCGCCGAACGAUGCGUAG